AUGAUGAGAUCGUCCAACAACAACAACAACAACAACAACAACAAGAUGCACAGUGGUAUGCAACUGAGCUACAAAUCAGCUUAUACGAAUAGCAAAGGCAUUGGGAACGGUCUUGGCCAUCGUCGGAAUGGUGGAGUGCGUCGCUGGGUGGUUGUAACGGUGGUAGCCUGGUUGGGUAUUGUCUUUACCACGUAUUACUGCUUUUCCCACGUGGGACAUCGGGGUUUACUACUGCAAUCACAAUCACAAUCACAGCAGCAUUCACAAGCUCUACAAUCACAAUCCACUGCCGAAAAUACUAAAGAUAGUACCAAGAAGAAGAAAGCUGAAGAUAAGGUUAAGGAGGAGAAGACGCGUCCUCCUUCAGUGUGCCAUCAGUUGCAGUUGUCUUCUCUGCAAGUGUUUUGUCAAGCGCAAGGAACCGAACAAGAGGCAUGGGCGCCCUUACUACGAGCCGUCGAACCUCAAUUACGAUUCCAUCAAGCCGCCAUUGAAUGUGCAUUGGCCGUCGAUAUUCCGACGUGUGUCCAUGCUGCCUUACAAUUACAAUCCAAUGCUAAUAAUAAUGCUACCCAAACCAUACCAGUUCCCAAAAAGCCACUUCCCUUUCGCAAUCAACUGGGGACUGUCAUUAUCGACGAAGAAGAUGUCCUGCACGAUUUCACCGAAGACGAUGCUACACGCGCGUGCAGUGGAUUGACCAGUCCCGUCGAUCAAAUCUUUUGUGAAAAACAUUUCAUUCAACUCGAUGAUGAAGAAACGGCCAAACACUAUAUUCACUUGUAUUUGGAUACUGAAUUAGUCGACAACGACAACAACUCAAAACAAAAACAAAAAGCCACAACCACAGCAGCAGUACCCCCGGAAGAAGCCAAAGCUCUGUGCAGUGCCGUUCCAGAAGCGGUCCAAAAACUAUGUCGCAAACAAGUCAUUCAUUUGCCCACACAACACAUUGCAUCCCAUUUUGUCCACCUCUACAACCACAACAGUACCAAAUGGGAUGCCGAAACACUCUGUCAUCACAUUCCAACGACAUCCAAAAGCAAUCCCGACAAUAUUCCCGUUUCGCUCGUACAAUUGUCGUGUGUGCAACAAUUACUGACACUGACAUCCACAACUCAAUCCCCCGCGUUGGCGGCCGAACGCUACAUGAGCUUUUUUCGACCCACAAAAGCCACCAUUACCCGCCCUCAAGUCCAACAGGAUUUAAUGACCUUGUUGGGCAAAACACUCUGCAAAGGCAAUCAACCCUGUGCUGUCUUUCAACGAGGACAACAUCAAAGUGGAUUUAGUCGCGUCGAACUCAACAACAACAACAACAACAACAAUAAUACUGCAAUGGCAUGA